GCCUUUUGCAUUUGGUCCUCGGCGUCAAUCUCAGCACAACGAAGGAGGCGAUUUCAGAGACUGAAAGCAAAGCAUGGGAUCAUUCUUCUCUAGACUUGCGGGAGAGGGAGGCGAUGAUGCUCCAGCGCCAGAGAAUUCUCGGGUUAUGCAGUUUCACUCUUCCGCGCGAUGGCAGCUCCAUUUCAAUGAAGUCAAAGAUUCCAAUCAGCUGAUCGUGAUAGAUUUCUCAGCAUCGUGGUGCGGACCAUGUAAGUUCAUAGAGCCAGCCAUCCACGCCAUGGCCGACAAGUUCACCGACGUUGAAUUUGUCAAGAUCGAUGUGGACGAGCUCUCCGAUGUGACGCGGGAAUUCCAGGUGCAGGCGAUGCCGACGUUUGUGUUGUGGAAGAAGGGGAAGGAGAUGGACAGAGUGGUUGGUGCUAAGAAGGACGAGCUUGAGAAGAAGGUCGAGAAACUCAGAGCCGCUUGAACUCCGCUUGAUGCCGCCUGUUAUAAGCUAAGUAAUGUUUCCAAUAAAAGUAUGAAUUUGGUAGAACUCUUGAAUCUAGUCAUGUAAUACGAUCACGGCAAGGGAUUGAAUCUCGUGAUUGCUGUGCUUUACAAUAUUCUGAUUGUCCUUUAGUUAAUUCAACUAUUUUAAAAUGAUAUCUCCAUUGCCACAGGAGAUAUCACAUUUCUUCUGCCCUAUUUGGUAGCGGGCAUCAAGGGAAAAUGGGAUGCGAUUCUUUUUA